AUGGGGAAGGUGCCAUUUGACGAUCAUGAUGAUAAUUCUACAAUGGUGGUAACGAAUUUAUUUAUGAAAGAUUUUACCAUUCCAGAAAUGUGGAACUUAGAUGCAAUAGGUAUUACUGGUCCGAUCGCUAAAAAAGACAUGGAAGAAAAAGAAAUAAAAGAUGGCUUUGAAUCUGAAAAAGAUGAAACUGAAGUAAAAAAGACCACUAAUGAAGAUCCGGUGGAAGUUGAUGACGUGCAAUCAAAUAAAAUGGAUGCUUCAGAAGAAAGUGCAAAACCUGUUACUCCUGCCGAAGAAUUGAUGGAUACUAAAACAGAAACAGAUGUGAAAGAAGAAAAUAUAGAUGAGAAAGAAGAAAGCAUAGAUGAGGAAGAAGAUAAAGAAAAUGAUACGCCUUCUAAAGAGGAAAUAGUUACAUCUGUUGAGCACGAAAAUGAUGCCAGUGUUGAGCAUUUGGAUGAAAAUUUAUCCAUCUCUGAUCCUAAGCAUUUAUAUGAAAAUUUACCCAUCUCUGAUCCUGAGCAUUUAGAUGAAAAUUUACCCAUCUCUGAUCCCGAGAAUUUCGAUGAAAAAUUACCCAUCUCUGAUCCUGAGCAAGAAGGCCGAGCUAACCAGUCGCUUUCUUCUGAUGUAGAAGACGCUAAAGAAGCAAAAAGGGUUGAGAAUCCAGACGACCUUCUUUCCAGGAGCUACCCAGCUAAACAGUUGCUGAAAAUGAAAUGGUGGGAGAACCCAAUUCGGUUAAAGAAGAAUGAAGACGAAUGGCCACAAUUUGAUUUGGUUUUCAACGAAGAAGAAAUUUCUCGAGAAAAGCGAAGGAGUGCUGUGAUAAAUACCCAAGUCAAUGUGGAAAGCGAAGAUAUGUUUCACAGAUACUCAAAUUAUCCGAGACUCAUUAGAAUCAUUGGAUGGAUUUAUAGGUUCUACUUGAAUUCGAAGUCUAAAAAUUCUAAACAAAAAGGAAAUCUAAGUGUACAGGAGAUGAAAAAUGCGGAAGAAAGUUUGCUAAAGAUGGUACAACGAGAAUCAUUUCCAGAAGGAACCAAUGAACAACGAAUUAGACAACUUAAUCCCGUGCUUGAUAAAAAUGGUCUCCUAAGAGUAGAAACGAGAAUUCUUAGAAGAAAAGAUAAAAAGAAUUUUCGAUUGCCAAUAAUUUUGCCAUCGCAACACCGAAUCAUAAACAUGCUCAUAGAAAGUAAACAUCAAGAACUUAGACAUGCUGGAGUUCAGGCACUGAUGAAUCAUCUCAGAGAGAACUAUUGGAUUCUCCAGAACCGGAAAACGGUUAGAAAAGCUAUCUCGACAUGUGUACGAUGCAAACGAUUCACUGUGACCCAUUCAGAACCGAAAUGCCCUCUUUUACCUGAGGAUAGAGUUAGAGAUGCAACAAUAUUCGAAAUCACAGGCACAGAUCUUGCUGGACCGUUAUACUUGAGAGACGGAACGAAAGCCUGGAUAGUUCUCUACACUUGUGCUGUGUAUCGUGCGGUGCAUAUAGAACUGAUAACCUCUUUAACAGCAGAAGCCUUUUUCCAAGCGUUAAGAAGAUUUAUUGCUAGACGAGGAAGGCCAGAAAGUUUAUAUUCCGAUAAUGGAGGCAACUUCGUUAAAGCUCACAAUGAAUUAAGCAAACUAGAUUGGGGAAAGAUAGAAUCACAGUCGUCGCUGAAGAAAAUAACCUGGAGGUUCAUACCACCUUCAGCCCCUUGGUGGGGCAGAUGGUGGGAGCGGUUGAUAGGUACGAUAAAGCAAAUUCUGCGUCGAGUUUUAGGUCAAGCUUCACUGACUUACGAAGAGCUGAACACAGUAUUAUGUGAUAUCGAAUGCCUGAUAAACUCGAGACCUUUAACGUACUUGUCAGAAGAUGUAAAUGAUUUGGUUGCACUGUCUCCUUCCAUGUUCCUCCAAGAAACCAGAGAAUGCGGCGUACCUGAUAUCGAUAUAGUAGAUGUCACCUACUUGCAAAAAAGAUAUUCAUAUCUACAACGAGUACGUGAAGAUCUACGAAAGAGAUUUCGACAAGAAUACCUUGGACAGCUGAAACAUGCAAGAAAAUGUCCAAAAGAAGCUUAG